AUGAGUGUAUACAGUAGUGAGGAACUCUUGGACGCCGGAAUCAUUUAUCGGAAUAAGAAAGAACAACUAGAUGUGACUAUUGGCGAUGGAAUGGAGUUACUUAUACGUGGGGAAAAAAAUAAGAAAAAGAAGCCACCGACGAGUAGCUCGUAUAAUUCGUUUGGAAUGCACCAAAGCAGUACCGACGAAAACUAUUACCUAAAGGAUAAAUAUGAAUAUGAUACUAGAAGUACAAAAUCUUAUGGAAGCCAUGAGCAUGAUCCUUACGAUAGCGAAAGUCAUAGAGGAAGUAAAAGAAGCUUACAAAAUGCUGAAGAAAAAAAAGAUCCAAGUAAAGAAGACAUCGAUACCAAUCAGAACGUGUUGGGAGGUAAUGACGGUAUUGCUGCAGAAGAAAUUAAUGAAGACGAAUACAAAGAACAAGGUCCUGUCGAAAUGGUUGAAGACGUAUUCGAGGAAGAAGAAUAUCCCGAAGACUGUUUUCCGCCGAACUGUUAUAAAAAAUUUCCAUUCCUGGCUGGUGAUGAUGAAACACCAUUUUGGUUAGGGUGGGGACAGCUCAGACUGAAAACAUUUCAACUUAUCGAAAAUAAAUACUUUGAAACAGCUGUGAUUACUAUGAUUUUACUUAGCAGUCUGGCACUGGCGCUAGAAGACGUUCACCUCCAGCAUCGACCGGUAUUACAAGACAUUUUGUAUUACAUGGAUCGGAUAUUCACUGUUAUAUUCUUUUUGGAGAUGUUAAUCAAGUGGUUGGCGUUGGGUUUCCGAAAUUAUUUUACAAACGCCUGGUGUUGGUUGGACUUCAUAAUUGUCAUGGUUUCUUUGAUAAAUUUUGUUGCUGCCUUGUUGGGAGCCAGUGGAAUCCAAGCUUUCAAAACUAUGCGAACUUUAAGAGCUUUGCGGCCACUGCGAGCUAUGGCUAGAAUGCAGGGUAUGAGGGUAGUGGUUAACGCGUUGGUACAGGCCAUUCCCAGUAUUUUCAAUGUGUUGCUGGUGUGUCUGAUAUUUUGGCUGAUUUUUGCUAUAAUGGGUGUACAGCUCUUCGCUGGAAAAUAUUACAAGUGUGUUGAUCCAAAAGACGGGAAAACGUUAAAUCACGAAAUUAUACCCGACCGAAACGUCUGUUUAGCUGAGAACUAUAAAUGGGAAAAUUCUAAAAUGAACUUCGAUCAUGUGGGAAACGCAUAUCUUUGCCUCUUCCAAGUGGCUACUUUUAAUGGAUGGAUGGAAAUAAUGAGGGACGCUGUAGAUUCUAGAGACACGUACGGGAAACAGCCAAUUCGUGAAAUUAAUAAUUAUAUGUAUUUUUAUUUCGUAUUUUUUAUUAUUUUUGGUUCAUUUUUUACUCUCAACUUAUUUAUUGGUGUGAUCAUCGACAAUUUCAAUGAACAGAAGAAAAAAACAGGUGCUUCUCUUGAGAUGUUUAUGACGGAGGACCAAAAGAAGUAUUACAAUGCAAUGAAAAAAAUGAGUUCCAAAAAACCGCUCAAAGCAAUUCCCAGACCUAGGUGGAAGCCACAGUCUAUCGUCUUUCAAAUCGUAACUGACAAAAAGUUCGAUAUGCUAAUCAUGUUGUUCAUCGGAUUCAACAUGUUGACUAUGACACUUGACCAUUACCAACAGACAAAACUAUUUACCGACGUAUUAGAACGUCUUAACCAAAUAUUUAUCGCUAUAUUUUCAACAGAAUGUCUACUAAAGAUAUUCGCAUUGCGGUAUUAUUAUUUUAAAGAGCCAUGGAACUUAUUCGACUUCGUCGUUGUCAUACUUUCCUUAGCGGGUUUGGUGUUGAGCGAUUUGAUUUCCAAGUAUUUUGUGUCGCCAACACUCCUUCGAGUGGUCAGAGUGGCCAAGGUAGGCCGAGUGUUACGUUUAGUAAAAGGAGCCAAAGGCAUCAGAACUUUAUUGUUUGCUUUAGCCAUGUCACUUCCAGCAUUAUUCAACAUAUGUUUGUUAUUGUUUCUCGUCAUGUUCAUAUUCGCUAUAUUUGGUAUGUCGUUUUUUAUGAACGUAGACAGCCACGGAGGAUUGGAUGAUGAUUACAAUUUCCGUACUUUUGGGCAAUCGAUGAUACUUCUUUUCAUGUUGUCUACGUCGUCUGGUUGGGACGCCGUACUGGACGGUAUAACGAACGAGGAAGACUGUGAUAAGCCGAACUUAGAAAUGGGCAUCACGGGCAGUUGUGGCAGCAGUGCUGUGGGCACGGCGUUUUUGCUGUCGUACCUGGUGAUCAACUUCCUCAUUGUCAUAAACAUGUACAUUGCGGUCAUCCUGGAAAACUACUCACAGGCCACAGAGGAUGUUCAGGAAGGCCUCACGGACGAUGAUUACGACAUGUACUAUGAGAUUUGGCAGCACUUCGAUCCCAACGGCACCAGGUACAUUCGGUACGAUCAGCUGUCAGAUUUCUUAGACAUUCUGGAACCGCCACUGAAGAUCCACAAGCCGAACAAGUACAAGAUCGUGUCCAUGGACAUACCGAUAUGCAAGGGCGACCUAAUCUACUGUGUAGACAUACUUGACGCGUUGACCAAAGACUUUUUCGCUCGAAAGGGUAAUCCCAUCAUCGAGACGGUGGCCGAGAUCGGAGAGAUGCAAACGCGACCCGAAGAGGCUGGAUACGAGCCUAUUAGCUCAUCUCUUUGGCGCAUGCGUGAGGUUUAUUGCGCAAUAAUCAUACAGAAAGCGUGGCGCAAGUACGUGAUGGCCGCCAAACAGCAGACGGCAGAAGACGACCGGAGCGACGGGGCCGCUUCGCCAGACGGUCGUGAAACCGCCGUGUUGGUCGAGAGCGAUGGGUUUGUAACCAAGAACGGUCACAAGGUGGUCAUUCACUCGAGGUCGUCGUCUAAAAGCUCAAGACUCGCUGAUGUCUAAAACGCCGCCUAAUACAUCCGUAUUGCGAAAACAAUGUAUUUUUUACGUUAUUAUUAUUGAUAUUAUUUAUAAUAUUAUAUUUAUUACGAUUAUUAUCGCAAAAUUUACGAUUAAGGCUUUAUAUUAUUAUAAUAUAAUAUUGUUAUAUUCUUGAUUUUCACUUAAAAUUUUUAACACUCUUAUAAUAAUACUAUUGGCCAACUGCUGUGAUAUAUGUGUAUAAAUUAAAAAAAUAAUAUUUUAUAAUUUGUAGUGUUUAAGGUUUACACGAGAGCUUAAAAUGAUUAUUAAGUGAUAUUAUGCGUUUGUUAACUAUGUUAUUUUUUUUCCUAAGCAUAAUGUUUUGUAGCCAGCAAUGAAGUUAAAUUACUGAAACAAAACUUCACGGCUUAUACACACCACAUUAAAAUACUUGUAUUAUUGUUACUAUUAUGUUUAUUAUUUUUCAAAUUUCAUAAUUUUAUUAAUGUAAAG